AUGAAAUCGUUUCCCAUGCAAAUUGAAAUAGCGUCAAGACUACCAAUCUGCACACUAGACGCCGCGCUGGAUUUCGAUGAUAAACUAAAUUCCAAAGAGUUUGCCGACGAAUCGAAAAUUUAUCUUCAACAAAUAAAAGGAGCAAAUGCAUCUGUAGAUGAGGUAAUGAGAAAAAUCUUUACCGACAAUGUCCUUUUUGAAUUUAAUUUUGAUGGAAGGAAACAAAAACGGGCGCUUAACAAGCUUAAACUUGUUAAUGAAGUUUUAUUCGAUGUAUUUGUAAUGGAAGGACGGCCAGGUUUUGAACGGGCAUUAAGAAGAGUGGUGGACCUUAGCCACAAUAGGUACCGCCAAAACAAAUUAUCUUUAAAUAAAGGGACGGAACAACAACAACCAAAGUAGGUGCAAUUUUUAAAUAAUGUAUGGAUGCAAUGGAAAAAAAAAAAAAAAAUAACCUGUAUUUGUUUUAUUUUGUAUGGAGUAGGAUAAAAGGAUAAGUAUACCAUACUACUUUACCAUCGUACUACUUUACCAUCAUACUACUUUACCAUCAAACUACUAUACCAUCCUACCAUGGGUUAAAAAGAGACGGGCAUAUGACAAAGAAAAAGGAUAGACAAUUCACACUUAUUCAAAGUAUGCGAUAGAAUCUUCCCAUGCCUCUGUACAAACUGAUGUAAACUAUUCGAAUUUUUCACGCAUACUAUCCAUAGUUAUACGGCAGAUUUAUGGCAUUAUAUAACGUAUAGUCUUCUUGCUGGGUUGCAGCAUAUUGUUUGCAGCUUGACAUGGGGUUAUUUUGAAAUGUACAAUUUAAUACAUGUGUGUAUGUGUUAUCUCUUCUGUAAAUUUA